CUUGGAACGACAACUCUGCGUGGAGAUUGUCCGCUAGGCAGCACGCUCUCUCGCGGUAUUUUUGUUGGUCAACAACAAUGUCGGAUUCUAGUUCCGAUGAAAGUAGUGAGAGUUGGACCCCGUAUUGUGAACGGGGUGAGUGGAGUGAUGUAGAGCCGGUCCCACAAGAUGACGGACCACACCCUGUCGUCCAGAUUGCAUAUUCUGAUAAGUUUCGUGACGUGUACAACUACUUUCGAGCUGUAGUUGCCCGCAAUGAGGUCAGUGACCGUGCCCUGGAGUUGACGAAGGAUGCAGCAAAACUCAACCCGGCCAACUACACCGUCUGGCACUACCGUCGUGAGUUGCUGAAGCAGUUAAACAAGGACCUCAGAGAGGAGUUGACCUACAUCUCCAAGAUCAUCACACAGCAUCCCAAGAACUACCAAGUCUGGCACCACAGACGUGUGAUCAUUGAACGUCUCCAGGACGCCUCCCAGGAGCUCGACUUCACGAGCGCCGUCCUGAAGGGGGAUGCCAAGAACUACCACGCGUGGCAGCACCGUCAGUGGGUGGUGAGAGAGUUUGACCAAUGGGACGGCGAGCUGGAGUACGUGGACAGACUCCUGCGGGAAGACUUCAGGAACAACUCCGCCUGGAAUCAGCGAUACUUUGUCAUCAACCACACUAGUGGCUUUACAGAUGAUGUAAUUGACAGAGAAAUCAAAUUUACUCAGGACUAUAUUAGGAAAGCACCCAACAAUGAAAGUGCAUGGAAUUACCUGAAAGGGGUGUUGAUGGACCGUCAGCUGCAGAACUACCCGGCAGUGUUGGCGUUCUGCCAGGGUCUGUACGAUGAUCGCUACCGGUCGCCGUACCUGAUUGCAUACAUGAUCGACACGUACGAGGAGAUGUUAGAGCAGGGAUGUGACAACCAGGCGGACACACUGAAGAAGGCGGGAGAGCUGUGCGAAUCCCUGGCCAAUGAGUACGACCAGAUACGAGGCGAGUACUGGAAUUACGUGUCACGCUCAUUGAACUCCAGGUUCGGACUCGAAAACAAGACACAACAGGCCCAGGCUGCCUCAUAACUGUCAUCUUCCUACCAUCUCUGUGGCAACCAGCCUCAACGCUGCGCUUUACAGUCUGAUUCUUUUCGAUCCGUUUUUGUGGAUCAUCAUGUAAAAUAUUGAGACUGCAGACUGUUGGUUUUCGCUCUCCAUGUUCAGUGAAUAUUGUUUUUAUGGGCUUUAACAGCUGUAAUCUUUUUUAUUGGGAUGGUAGGGAUUUCAAUAUAAGUUAUCCUUUUUGGUUUAUUACAAAUGUUUUAAUUUGUUAUAUAUUGUAAAUGUAACAAUGUUUUAUUGUACCUGAGAGCUUUCUUUCUUUAAAAUGUACAUGUCCAAAACAUAAAAAACUAUUCAUGUCCCCGAUGUUUUUAUUUCAAGUAGGUUUAUUGUUUUCACACAUCACAUUUAUACUACACUAGAUCUUCAAGUGAUUAUUCUUAAAGUAUGCAUUAAAAUUUACUUCAUUGUCUUCAUUAUUGACUGAUAUACAAGAUGUAAUAAUAUUCUUACCCUGUAAAUGGAUUGUGUAAGAGAUAUAUUGAGAUGUGCUUAAAAUCCCUAAAUGGAAAUGUUAAUUUUCAUUUUGAACUUGAAUAGAAAUAUUUGAUUACCUGUGGUUGCGGCUGUUCUUUGGUAUCAUCCUGGUACACCCCACACAUGUUUGCAUGUUGUUUUUGUAUAAAUAUCCCAGCGUUUAUUCAGCAAUAAAUUACACUGAAUUACGUC